CUGUUCUGUAGUUAAUUCAAAUGGUAGAUCCUUAUGAUUUGUUGUACUUGAACAUGAUAUACGUUAUGUAUGAAGUAAUGGCAGGCAUUGAGCUAAAAGCCUAAAAACCGCAGAAAACAUAUAUUCAUCUCCCUUAUUUAAGUUUCAGUCUCUUGAUUAUUUGUCCAUCUAUCAUAUAGUUAAUUAUCUAUGCUUCUGUUUUUGGUUGUAUGGUUGUUGAAUUUCAGGAAAAAAUAGACUUCAAGGAUCGAGAUACAUUUGAGUGCCUAUUUAAAGAAUAUUGGGAAAUCAUAAGGGAAAACGAAGGUUUGACUUUAGAUGAUGUCUAUUCCGCAGAUUUACUGUUAAAGAGGGGAGUAAAUAAAACAUGCAGGUUUGGUUCUGUAAAAGCUGGUGAGACUGAAGAAGCUAUUGACCUGAUAUCUGAUAGUGACACUUCGGACACGGAAUUUCAGAGACCGAUGGGAAAAAGGAAGGCGCAAGAGUAUAUCGGAUGGGCAUCCAAAGCUCUUAUUGAGUUCCUGCGAUCUAUUGGUAUAGAUACAACCAACAAGUUAUCGCAGUAUGAUGUGGAUUCAAUCAUCUAUGAUUAUAUCAAAGAGAGAAACCUUUUUGAUCCAAUAAAGAAGAAAAAGGUUAUAUGUGAUGAGAAGCUUUAUUCUAUUUUCCGAAAGAAGUCCCUGGAUAGGAUAAAAAUAUAUGGUCUUUUGGAGGAACAUAUGACCGAGAACUUGGUUAUAUCAGAUGAAGAUGAUAGUGAGCUGGAAGACAAGAAGAAUUAUACAGUGAUAGCAAGCAAGAAGCGAAGAGAGAGCUCAGGUGUUGCAUCUAUUGAAAAGGAAGCGAGUCCUAGCAUCCAGAAAAGUUGUUUUGCAUCCAUAGUUCCUGAAAAUAUCAAGCUUGUCUACUUAAGGAGGAGUUUAGUGGAGGAGUUCUUGAAGCAGCCUGAAAACUCUGAAAGCAAGCUACUGGGAACUUUUGUGAGAGUUAAAAAUGAUGCCAGGCUUCGUCUGACAAAUUCUCACCAACUUUUACAAGUUGAAGGCAUAAAGAAAGGCUCAACAGCUGAUGGAAUGGGUGGCGAAAUUCUCCUGCAAGUUUCCAAUAGAGAUAUUCCCAUUUCUAAGCUGGCAGAUUCAGACUUCACUGAGGACGAAUGUAAGGAGUUGCGGGAAAAUGUGGCAAAUGGCCUGCUAAGGAAACCUACAGUUGCCGAGCUUGAACAGAAGGCAAGACUUCUGCAUGAGGAUAUAACUAAGCAUUGGAUUGAGAGAGAGUUGGUCAGAUUACAAAACUGCAUUGAUCGAGCAAACGAGAAAGGACGGAGAAGAGAGCUGUGGGAACUUAUGGAGAAGAGAGAGAUGCUAAAGCAACCCUCUGUUCAAGUUGGUCUACUAAAGGAGGUGCCAAAGGUCACUGCAGAGGUUUUAGAGGCUGAAUCCAGUCCUGUGGAUGCCGUAAAAGCUGAUAAUCAAUGAAGUGUUUCCUCACUAGUCUCGACCAGCAUAUUGAAAUACGACUGCUGUGUUAAAAGGGCUGCAAUGUGGCGUUGUUAGUUUUCUAGUCUGUAUGUCGUUUGUCCUUUUAAGCUUGGAAUAAAACUGCUUUCAUUGCAGUUUAAGACAUGGCCAGCAAAUCGACUAUCGGUACUGUAUUGAUAUGUUUGUAUUUUAUGUUUCUCAUUUUCUUGUCAAGAAGCUAAAACAAAGAUCAAAUCUGUGGUUCCUCUUUGCCAAAGACGAUUGUGUGAAGUGUUAAGUAUUCUUUCUCAGUUA